GAUUCAUUGAAUUCCUUUGGCCCCAUUAUCGAACGCUUCUUCUUGUGGUCGAGUGUCGUCGCAAUGAAUGGGGGUAAAAAUAAAGCAGUGAUUAUAAGGAACACAUAUCUAGUUGCCUCUGAACAUAUUUCUUUUAAAAAUAUUUGAAGCUGACUGAAAAUUCUAUAUCCGAAAUGGACGGUUGCCGACGCGCUGGCAGGCGAGUCUGCCUCACUUAUUUGCUUUCUUUCCUACUGCUCUCGGCGUUUUUCUACUACCUAAUGGCGUACAACAGCCGGAAUAACAGGGGAAUAAAGCGUCUUCGCGAGGAUGUGGAUGAUAUUUCGCACAUGCUCCGCCAGCAGCAGAUGGACAGCAAGGAUGCCCAGAUCUCGGACAGGUUCCACUGCCUGGGAGGAGAGCCCAAGGGAAGCGGCGGUGGAUCUGGCAAAUGCGACAACCGGGAUGUAAGUGCCUAUGUGGACUCGCUGUUCAAGCGAAAGAUUGGGCAUUUAAUGGACGAUGUUUACAACCUGAAGAAGCAGGUGUCCAAGGGCGAAUGCUCCGCUCGGACUGCCUCGUCUAGUCAAAAAACAGAGCCCGUUUCGGUGGCCAAAGCUCGCAUUAACUACGCCUCCGAAGAUCUGGGCGCCAGGAUCAUCGAUGUGAAGGCCCGACCCAUUGGGGGCACCAACAUAAUCAAGAAGCUACUCGGCCUGGAUUUCAGCGCCAAUCCGCCGGUAAAUAUGCUGCGCCCAGGACUUUCGCCGGGCGCCUGCUUCGGUUUCAACGGAAGCCGGGCCACCGUGACCCUUCAUCUGGCCAAGACCAUCGUCGUGGAGACCCUAACCCUCACCCACGUGGCCCGCGAAAUGACGCCCGACUUGUGUGUGAAAAGUGCCCCCAAGGAUUUCGAUGUGUAUGGUCUCCCGACGGACAAUUCCAAGCGCCAGCUGCUGGGACAGUGGACAUUCGAUAACGCGGCCAAUAGGCGCACUCAAAGUUACAGUGUGCACAACGCCCACUUAUUUCGGAAUCUGGUACUCGCCUUCAACUCGAACCACGGUGCGAACUCCACCUGCAUAUAUCAGUAGGUAUUUGUCAGGAACUCUAUACCCUAUGUACUAAAUCAUUUUCUUAUUCACAGCGUGGAGGUGUUUGGCAGACUGCAG